GUUCUGGAAUGCUCUAGAGACUCCAGCUGUUCUGGAACACUCUAGAACCUCCAGGCAAAGGCCUGGAACCGGGAUCACAGAGGAUUCCGAGGCCUUCCCAGCGUAGGUGGGGCCAGCGCCCGUGCCAGCACCCCCAGCAGGCCUCAUGUGGACGCUGGCACUAGGUGGGAUCUUCCUGGCAGCCGCCCAGGCCUGUGUCUUCUGCCGCCUCCCAGACCAUGACUUGUCGGGCCGCCUGGCUCAGCUUUGCAGCCAGGUGGAGGCCCAGUGGAAGGACUGUGGGGUCUCCUGGAACUUCUCGGCCUUUGCCUUAGAUGAUGCAUCCUUGAAAAAAGUCACAGAGAAGACUCACAGAGUCCUGAGGGUCAUGGAGAUCAAAGGGUCUCUCUCCUCACUCCUUUCAUAUUGGAAAUGGCUUCAAAAGACCAAGCUCCCAGAAUACAACAGGGAAGCUCUCUGUGCUCCCGCCUGCCAGCUGGUCCUGCUGUCUCCUGCAGGGGGCAGCACCAUCCUGUACAACUGCUCCACCUGCCAGGGCUUCGAGGUGUACUGCUGGCCCCGAAAGCGCUGCUUCCCAGGAAGUCACGAUCUUUGGGAAGCCAGGAUUCUGCUGCUCUUUGUCUCCGGAGCUGUCCUUCUCCUGGGUAUUCCGAGCCUCGCGGUGGAGUACAGCCACCUCCAAGCAAAAAGUGACUUGUGAAGACGAGGACAGAUCUUAGCCUCCAGUUCUAAGGAGCAGGUGCCCACAACUUCCACUUCUCUCGUGGGGCGGGGUGGGGGUGAGGGGGGGCAGCCAGACCCUUAGUUCCAGCCCCAGCGGUUCAGUCUUCCAGACCCUGAUACCCAGACAUCCCCACAAUCCCAGCGUCAGAUGGCCUCCAGGGACCCAGGCACCCACAGCUGGAAAGUUCCUCCCCUCCAGUCCUCAACCAAUCAGACAGGGGCAGUCACCCUGCCAGGAAAAUAUCUACAGAAGGAAAGAAUCCCCUCCAUACACACUAUCACUCCCACACCCCCUUCUGCCUGUUCCCGGAAAGCAGGAAAGCGGGGGCUGUCUGCCCCAGAAGCUCCUCUUGGCCCUCCUGUGACUGAUUGGGAAUCCGGGAAUGAGUGUUCUGGAAAAGUCCCUCCCCCUAGAGUGAGACCACAUCAGUCAGCCUGCUGGCACGCUACCCUGCCAUUUAGCACUGUGAAGGCUCCCACAGAGGCCCUCCUGCCAGGCCCAACUAAACCUGCUGUCAAAUGGCCUCUACCCCUGCCUGGCCUCUGUCUGCAACUGGGGAGGGCAGGGGAAGUGCGGGAGUCUCUCGUAGCACAGUGGUUCUCGACCGGGGUUGUGGGGGGGGAGUGGGUUUUGCACGCGAUGAGACGUUUGGCAAUAUCUGGAGACAUUUUUGAUUGUUUUGAUUGGGGGCUUUGAGGAUGUGCUACUGGCAUCUAGUAGGCAGAGACCAGGGAUGCCGCUAAAUAUCCAAAAACGCACGGGAAAGUCCUCCACAGCAAAGAGUGAUCGUGUCCGAACCGCCAGCAGUUGUGUAGUUGAGAAACCCUGUUCGGCUAUCAGGAGUUGGGGUUUGGGGGAUGGGAGAUGGGACAUGAAAAGAGAGGCCUAUCACCAACCAUAAGUCUCAGCCCAAGGGCAUAGGCCGGCCUUCACCUAGCCCCGUGGUUUACAAACUGGGUCCCUAGAGGCUCCCAGUUCUCAACCAGCUGGACAUUGGAGUCAUCUGGGCAACUUUACAAACUACCUGUUGCUGGGCCUCAUCUCCAGAGAUUCUGAGUUUAGUGGUCUCAUAUGGGGCUUCAGUUAAUCUAACUUACAGCCAGGGUUAGAACCACUGUUUGGGGGAAUCCGUAAAGGUCCUGGGGAUGGAGAGAGGAAUGCUUACCCCUCCCAGGAGAACACCUUCUAUUUUGUUUUACACAUUUUAGUCCAGUCCUUUCAUUUUACACCAGAAAAUGAGACCCCGCGAUCACACAGCCAGGUCGCACAACUUGCCCGAGAUCAUACAAUGAUUCAUACAUUCAUUCAUUUGGCAAAUACUAAGUGAUUGCCGGGCAGGUGCCAGGCAGCGCUGCUGCCCGUCCUGGGGUGAGAAACCCUCUCCUGACCGCCCGGCACCACAGCUCUCCUCUGGCUUGUGGUAGCUGCCUCGCGCCCUCUCAGGCUGUGCCCUCUUUUCCGGCGCAACGCUUUGGAGCUGUCCUUGUUUUCACACCCAACGUGCAGUGGGUCGACCGUUCUGUCCAUUCCUGAAGGAUCUCCAUCCUGUCUGUCUCCUCCUCCUGCUGUAUGGCCCCCAGCCCACUCUAGAACCCUCUCGUUGUGGACCCCAGUCUCCCAGAUGUGCAUCUGACUCGGCGCACGCCCCUCAAAUCCACUGCACCCCCAGUGGCCACGCUGGUCUUCUUAAAACUGCACAUCGCUCAGACAUCCUGUCCAGUAUCAAAUGAUGCUUAAAAACUUGGGCUCUGGAGUUGGGCUGCCCGAUUUCAAAUCCGGGCUCUGGUUCUUACCGGACCUUGGGAAAGUCAUUUAAUUUCUCUGUUCCUGUUUCCUCAUGUUUUAAAUACAGGUCAUAUAUUUCCUUGAUUCCAUGGCUUUUUUUUUCUUCGGUUUACAUUUAAGCAUCUCUGAAGAACCCAUCUUAAAUUGAAGACAUGUCAUGGCAUAAUGGUAUCUAUUACAACUGAUGAUAUCCUAAAUUCAACUCAGCGGUACUGACCUUACAGAAUUACUGCGAGGUCCAAAUCAGUUCAUAUAAAAUCCUUGGGACUGUGCCCAACGUGUAAUGGGCCCUCAUUAAGUAUCAGCCAUUAUAAUCUCUUACUUAAAACCUUCCCUAGCUCUUCCUUGCCUACAGAGUAUAGAGUUGGCCCUUGACCCUGACAUUCAAGGCUCUCCAUCAGCCGCUUCCACCAUCUUAUACAGUCAUCAGGCCAGAACUGUCCAGACACAGAACUGGAAUCUCCCUUGAACGCCCCACAGGCAUCUCAGACUCCACACGUGUCCACCUCCCUCAGACACGCCUUCCUCCCGACCCCACCCCCUCCUGGGAUCUCUCAGGCUUAAUGGCAGUGCCCACAGUGUCAAGGGCAUCCUCCUCCUCUCAUGCCAUGUGCCCACUUCUUACCUGUAGGUGAUCUACCUUGGUCAUCCUUAUUGGAAUCUGACCCCCAGGUGUCCCUGGAGCUUUAUCUCAGCUCUGGCCACCCCACAGCCAUACUGAGUCACUUCUAGUUGCCCCAACACUGUUUCCUCACGUCUGCUCGCCUUUGUCCAGUCUUGUUCCUCUACCUGGAAUGACUUUCUCCUUUGGCUCAGAUAUCACCUCUUCUGAGAGGCCUUCUCUGAGCUCCUGAGUCAGAGUGGCAUGAGUCUGCUCUAGGCAUCUCUCAUGUGGCACCCGUUACAUCAGGUGGUGGCGUUUCUUUACACAUCUUCCCUCUACACCACGCAUUCCUCUCUAAAGCCACUGCUUAAGGUUUUGUGUCUUUGUUUCCUCAGAGCCUGGCACAUGGUAGAUGCCAGGAAGUGUCCCUGAUGACUCCAGCACCUUCUCUGAACCCUUGUGAUAUGCCUUCCCCAUGUAAGCCCUUCAUGAGCACUUAGCACAGGAGGCCGGUGGAGUUUGUGCUUUUUUUGUGCGCAUAAGGCCAAUCUACCGCAGCGUGGCCUGCCAGGGCAGGGAUGGUUUUUCUGAGCCCCUCACCAAAUGGGAGGCUUCUGUGGGUGUAGCAGUUUUAAACAAUGGCCCCGCAUUCUUUGACAUGCCUCCCACCUAGAGGUAGGUUCUAUGUAUCCUUCCCUUGAACCUGGGCUCCAUGACUAGCAGGCCAAUUGAAUGUGGCAGAAGUUACAGUGUGCCCAGGCCUUAAGAAUCUAGCACCUUCUGCCCUCUGCCUUUUGGGACACUCACUCUGGAACUCAGUCACUCAUGCUAUGUGGAUGCCCAGCCUACAUCGAGUCCACAUGGAGGACUUCCCUGGUGGUCCAGUGGUUAAGACUCCGUGCUUCCACUACAGGGGGCACGGGUUCAAUCCCUGGUCCGGAAACUAAGGUCCUGCAUGCCGUGUGGUGCAGCCAAAAACAGAGUCCUCAUGGAGGGAUUCAGCCAAAAGCCAGCAUCUACUGCCAGACGUGUGAGUGAUAACACAGCUGUCAAGUCAUCGCCAGACUUUGUUUUUCCAUCCAAGGCCCCAGACGUAGUAGAGCAGAGAUAAACCAUUCCCACAGUGUCCUGUUGGAGUUCCAGACACUAAAAGUCCAGAGCAUAAUAAAAUAGUUGUUUUAACGCCACUAGGCAUUGUUGCUCAACAAUAGAUAACUGGAACAGUGGGGCAGAAAGAAAAAGGGCCUAGGAGCUGGCACUGAAGGCCCUGGGCUGGGACUCCUCUGGAGGUCCAGUGGUUAAGACUCUGCACUUCCACUGCAGGGGACUUGGGUUCAGUCCCUGGUUGGGGAACUAAUAUCCCGCAUGCCGCGAGGCACGGCCAAAAAUAAUAAUAAUAAUAAAAUAAAAUAAAUAAAGGCCCUGGGUUGACGACAUUGCUGGCCCUGCCACUUCCUAGCUAUGUAUGUACAUGAGAAGCAUAGCUUCACCAGCCCGAGCCUCAAUCUUCCUACCUGUAAACUGGAGUUAAUUAUGGCUAACAGGUAUGGAGACUACAUGUCAGACAUCAUUCUAAGCAUCUGAAGCAUUGUAUUAGUUACCUAUAGCUGUGUAACAAAUUAUUCUAAAACUCAGUUAUCUAAAACAAUAAAGCCUUAUUAUCUGACAGUUUCUGUGGAUCAGAAAUUCAGGAGCAGCUAAAAUGGGUGUUUCUGGCUCAGGGUUUCUGAUGAGGAUGCAGUGAAGAUGUUGGUCAGGGCUGCAGAAAUCCAAGGGCUGGUGGAUCAGCUUCCAAGAUGGCUCACUCACAUGCCUGGCAAGUUGGUGCCGGCUGAUGGCAGGAGCCUCUCCAUAGGGCUGCUUGACUGGCCUCGGGACACGGUGGCCGGCCUCCUCCAGAGCGAGUGACCCAAGAGAGGAAGGCAGGACCCACACUGUCUUUUACGACCUAGCUCAGAAGUCACACGCCAUUCUUUUCACAAUAUCCCGUCGAUUACACGGAUCAGCCUUAUUCAUUGUGGGAAGGCACAGCGGUGUGAUACCGGGAGGGCAGUUCGUUGGGAGCCAUUUUGGAGACUGGCUACCACACGCAUAGACACAGUUAAUUCUCCAAUAACCCUGCAAGGUAGAAUACUCCUAAUAAGCUCCUCUUGAAGAUGAGGAAACAGAGGCAUAAAAACAUGAAGUAACUUGCUCAGAUUUCUAGGAUGGUAAGUGGUAAAGCUGGGAUUCAAACUCAGGUAGUCAGGCUCCAGAGGUGAGAUCUCAGCUACUGCUCUGGAAAGGCCCUCAGCUCCGCUAUGAGCCUGAAGGAAUGUGGGAGAUACAAGAGUGCUUCCGCUUUAGGGGACCUCCCUGGUGGUCCAGUGGUUAAGACUCCGCACUUCCAAGGCAAGGGGCCUGGGUUCGAUCCCUGGUCGGGGACUAAGAUCCCACCUGCCACACGGUGCAGCCAAAAAAUGAGGAAACAAAGAAAAAAAGAGUUCUUCCCCUUCAGAAAGUAAACCACCAGAUAUAUACAAGGUGGUGGGCUGGUGACUCCAUGAAUAAGUGAGGCAAAUGCAAAUUGGGAAAGGAUGGGACCUCAGGGUCCUGGGAGAUGGAGAUAGGGUGACGGAACAGAGGGUUUUACCCAAGGGUCUGGGGGGAGAUAACCACGUGGCGCCAAGGAGUGCCACAUGGGGAGGGGGCAGGGAUGGGUUCACCAAGAGAAUUGUUUAUAGAUAAAAGUUUAGAAACUGUCAUCCCCAUCCCUCCCAGCAAAGGAGCUCAUGAUGUCAAAAAUCUUUGUUUCACUCUAGCCAGAUGACUCUGUCUCAUCCCUUUGUUCAGCAAAGGUUACUAAGCACUUACAAAUCAGGCACUUAGACUGGGCACGGGGGACCUAGCAAUGCCCAGGCAAGAUGAAGUCACUUUCUACCUGGAGCUUGGAAUCUAGCAGGGCAGACAGACAAGUUACUGGCAAAUUCUACCAGAGCAGUGAGCGCAAUGACGGGAAAGCACAGGGAUCUUGGGGUGCAGGAGAAGAGACCUGACCAGUUGGGAGUAAUCUUCCUGAACUUAGCAGGGCCAGCUUGGGAGAAGGGUGGGAAGACUUCCAAGCAGAGGGAACAGCCAUGCAAAGGUUCAGAAGAGAGACAGCCGGAAGGCUGCGGUGCUUUCCCCGGCUGAGAGGUUGAUGUGGGUCAGGUGGAACGGGGAGAUCCUAGUGAUCUCAGGGCUCAGAGGAGAAAAGGAUAAGGUAAAGAGGCACCAAUGUAGUUCCUGAUAGGAGCCGAGAGGUUUCUGCACAAGGAUGGGCCCUACUCCUCACCCAAACCCAAGGUGGGAGAGGGGAGGUUGGCCACCUGGGUGCCUUCUCUACUCGUCCUCCUGGUUCUCUGCCCUGCAGAGAAAGACUUGGCCCUGGUGGUGUGAAUGUGUUCAUCCUUCUCAGAUGCAGAGCCUGAAGGCAGGGCAGGGGUUGGGGAAAGGCAGAUGGAGGGGGGGGUGUUCAAUCUGGGUCUCCAAGUUUAAGUGUUAGCAGGAUGCCCCAUCUCAGCCUGGAGGAGGUGCCCCCAGUGGGGGUGAGGAUGGUCAGGCUGUGCUCCCCCACACCCCAUCCUCCUUUGUGGGCAAAGGUGGAGAUGAGAGAAGCUUAACUCCAAAAGUCAGAAAUGAAUAGGGAGAAGGGGAGGGAUAAAGAGGCCUCUGAUUCCCUAGGUUUUUUCCAAGCCAAAGACAAAGGUGGGGCAGAGCCUCUGCCUCUGGUUUCCUGCUGGAGCACAGAGGACCUAGGCUAGGAGUCCAAUCGGUAGCACCCCCCCAUCCUCAGCCUCCUCUCCAUCCCACAGCCAAGGUCUGGCAGGGGCAGCCUCUCUCCCCUGAACCAAUGGUCAGGGCCUCUUCCUUGAGCUCCCUGCUGCUUCUCUCUCACCUUUCCCUAGCCUCUUACUACCGCAGGCUGGUUCUGUCACUAACCUGUUAAACCUUUCAGUGGUUACCAGAGCCCUCAGGUAAGGCCCAAGCUCCUGAGUGUGUUCUGCAAGGCUCUGCAGAAAGAAUCCAACCAGGGCGAGGAUCAUGUCAGCUUGUUCGCCUGGGUCCCCAGAACCAUGAAAGCUUGCUGGAAGGAUAAACUGAUGCCUAGUUUGGCUUCUGCCAGCCUCUCCGGCUGCAUUUGCCUUCAUAUCCCCCCCCUGUGCUCUACACUCAUGUAUUCACUCAACUCCCAGAGGCGCUCUAGUGCACCCAGAUCUGUGAGGACACUGGACAUCCAGAGGAAAAUCAGGUUUCACAUGCCCCUCCCUGAAGAUGCACACGGAGCAUUGUGUAGAACUUGGACAACACCAGGAUGAAUCUCAAAAAUGGGGUGAGUGAAAGAAGCCAAAUGUGAAUAAUAAACAGUGUGUGAUUCCAUUGACAGAAAGGUCCAGAGCAGGCAAAAGUGAUCUAUGGGUUUUAGAAAUCAGAAUAGCAAUUGCUGGGGAAUUCCCUGACAUUCCAGUGGUUAGGACUCAGCGCUUUCACUGCCAAGGGCGCGGGUUCAAUCCGUGGUCAGGGGAACUAAGAUCCUGCAAGCCUGCGCUGCAUGGCCAAAUUAAAAAAAAGAGAAAAAAAGAAGAAUAGCAAUUGCCUCUGGGGAAUGGCAUUGAUUGAAAAUGGACAUAAGGCUACUUCCUGGGAUCACAGAAAUGUUCUGGGGACUUCCCUGGUGGUCCA